AUGUCGAAUUCCACACCCCAAGGCAAGGCGACCGCCUCCGAACAGCCCCAGCAACAACAGAAGCCCCAGGUGCUGGAGGAGGAUGACGAAUUUGAGGAUUUCCCCGUUGAAGAUUGGAGCCAGGAAGAAGCUGAGCAGUCAGCUACCAACGAAGGCAAUGAGCACCUCUGGGAGGAGAGCUGGGACGAUGACGAUGCCGCAGAGGAUUUCUCGAAGCAGCUGAAGGAAGAACUGAAGAAGGUCGAAGCCUCGUCUUAA